GAAAGCGAAAGCGAAAGGGAAGCGACUGGAACCACGCUGGACAUGUCCGCCGGCGGCGGCUGGCGGCGGGGCAGCGCCGCGGAGCCCCCGCGGGAGCCCUGAGCCCCCCAGCCCGGCCCGGCCCCGGGGCCGCCGCCGCCGUCCCAUGGCGCGGCCGCCGCCGCUGCUGCUGCUCUGCGGGACCGUCGCCCUCUUGCUGCCCUGGGCCGCCGCCGACACCGUGUCAGUGCGAUGCAGCCACCCCAAGGAUGUGGCCAACGCGCACAUCAAUGUGGGCAACAACACCCUGCUCAACACCCGCCUGCGCUACACCUGUAACCUGGGCUACAAGCGCAAAGCCGGUACCUCCAGCCUCAUCCAAUGCAUCCUCCGUGAUGGCUCCACCAAGCCUGACUGGACCAACACCACGCUGCAAUGCAUCCGAGACCCGGCUUUACCUCCACAAACUCCCAGCCCUGAGCUCCCAACUGCACCGCACACCGAGAGGAUGACCCAGAGGGGAGGAACCACCAACACCAGCCCGACCUUCAACCCCUCUCCAGCAGCAACGCCUGGGCUACCAGGAGCUGCCAGCCACUCAGCUGCGCCACCAGAACCUGAUGGGCCAUCACCAGAGACAUCCACACCGUGGGAGAUGCCCCCACCACUGGACACAUCCACAACAGGAGAGGGGACAGCCCUGGGGUCACCUCUGGGGACAACCCCACUGCCCACCCCCCCUCCACACUAUGCCGCAGUUUCCAUCCAGACCCUGGCCUAUUCCAUUGGGCUCCCGGUGCUGGUGGUUGCCGGUGUUGUGGCCUGCUGCUGCUGGAGGAUGAAAAUGCGCACAGGGCAGGGCUACACGGUGCCAGGGACGGCCAUUCCCUUGGUGGCACCUGCUGCUGAGAACGACAUGCUGCCACCUGGUGUCUUCCCCAUGGGCUGAGCACCCACCGCUGGGCAACUCUGUGGCACCCACCAGCCUGGAGGAUGCUCGGGGCUCGGAUGGAAAGCCAGAUGCUUCCCCGAGUGGUGGAAGCAUGUGGCAGAGGACAUUCUGGUCCCCAGAUGCCCUCUGCGUGGAGCAUCCUUGCACCAGGGACAUGUGGCCACUCUUCCCAGCCUGAACAAGUGACUCCAGUGGAUGAGACGGCUUGAGCGCCCAAAGGUGUGCGGGUGUCCCAUGUUGCGGCUGAGUGGUGGGUGGGUGAGCCCCACAGGCACCCCGGGUGGCGCACAAGCAGUGGGCAUCCUGCAUCGGGAGCCAGAAUUCAGAGGAGGCAGUCCUGCGGGUGCUGGUGGUCAGCAGGGAGCAGGGUGGGGGCUGCCUGCCCCAGCAGAGAGCAUUUAGGGUACAGGGGAUGUGGUUUGGGUGCUGGGGGUGAAGCUGGGCUGCCCUGCCCUAAGAAGUGCCUAUUGACUGGCCCAGAGCAAAGCCAGAUUUGGGCUAGCUGGACGCCAGCCCCAUCACUAGAGCCACUUUGCCCCAAAAAUCAGAAAGCAGCGCUGCUUGUGACAGACAGAGAGGCACCCAGCCGAGCAUCCCUCCACUGCGUCCUCACCCCCUUCCUGCUCUCUUUCAGCCAUUCGCCUGUGAGCCCGCAAGCGCAGUGAAGGGUGCUGAUGCUGUACGAGGUGAGCCCUCGUAUGCAGUUCAGGGACAGACACUAUCAAAGACUGAAGGCAAUAACACGACCUAGGAAAUACUUUCCUUUGCAUGUCUUCCCUUCAUCCAUCAUCAGUUGUUAUCCACUCAUUUUUCCUUGAUACAGAACUCAUAUAAGUUUUAUACUGAUGGCAGCUUUAUGCUGAUGUCUUUUUAUGUAUAAACAUGUAUAUAUUGUAUAUAAAAUGCACACAGAGCAGUUGACUUUUUAUCUGGUUGGGCAUCUCAGCAGCCAUGAUGGUGGGGAGGACAGUGAGGACAGACAGGAGCGGGGUUGGGGUGAAAUCCACCUCCAUAGCAGAAAGGGCUCACCAGCCACCAGUACUGCAGUCCUGUCGAGGCAAAGGGUGACAACAAGGUGGCAGCUGCUAUUUCUCAGCUGGACAGCAAAAGGGGUUUUAGCAGUCAGCUAGAAAGCAGUAGGUAUCUAACAACUUAACUUCCACACUGCUGUGUCUUGUCCUCCUGUUUGUGCCACUGAUCCGGACUGUUGGAGCUGGAGGAAGCAGCACUGUGGAUGUGUGACAGACAAAGCCCUCCAGCAAUGGCACUGCCUCUCCCCAGCGUACCACAGGAUGGUUGGAAAACAGGUGAGGCUGGAUCACUGGAGGUGCCUGGUCCAACGUCUGCACUGAGCUCGGUGGUUACAUUCAACAUCCAAGUCUUGGGUGAACUUCUCCCCAUGCUUACGUGAGCAGAACAGGGAAAGCCUGAUCUGGACUUGGUGCUUUGAAAGCGAAAGAAGAGCUAGUGAAGCAACUACCAUUCAAUGGAAAUCAAAAGGAUACACGAGCUUCUUCCAGCAGGUAUGGCUCAUGGCUCUGGGCCCAUGUCCAAGAGCAGAUCUCUUCCAAAAUCAGAUUCAGUUUCACAUGAGAUCAGUUUUUUGGCUCUCUGCAUGACACAGGUUCUGGUAUGACGAGUCAAUGCUGUCUUCAAACGCAGAGCGUAAGCCACCGUUUACAAGAGCACCGUGCUGCUUGCACCACUGCUGCUGUGAUGGCCAGUAAAUAAAUGCAACCCAAGAUGAUUUCUUAACAGAAGGGGAGAGAAAAAAGAAAACCUCAAGGCUAUUUUUAUUUUUUUUUU